CGGUUUUUGAUUAGAUAUUGGCCUGUUCAUAUGUUCUUCCUCUCUAGAAACAUAAACCUCUUUCAUUAGAAAAAAAGGACCAAUCUCUGUGAACAAAAUACAUCCCUUGUACUUCAGAUCUACAAGCAAAAUUCGUACCAUAUUACAAUUUGUGUUUGUUUAUCUGAAGUUUAUGGGAAUAGCUUUAGUCGGAUCUAUUCAUAUGUUGUGGAUCCUCUUUUUUCUCUUUAUGUAAUCUUAACCUCAUCAUCAAGUUUUGAUUCUCAGAAGGUUAUAUAAUACUUUGUAAGAUUAUAUAUGUGUAUAUGUAUGGAGAUGGAUAGCCAGAUAGUUUAUGUUGUUUGAGGAUUAGAUUUAAAGCCAAGUUGGGUAAUCUUUCCUUUUUUCUUGCCUCCUCAUUCACAUACAAACCCUAUCUAUCCGUACAAAAUACUAAAAAACCCUAACUUUCCCUCUCUCUUAUCAUUUCUACUUCCACGAGAAAGGAUUAUACACGGAUCCAUCACACCGAUGAAAAGCUUGCAUGUGACGGCCAACGGCGGAGAUCUGGCGGAGAACUGUGGAAUACUCGCCGGAGACGCUGAUGAUGCUGUUUUGAUGGAUGGAAUGGAUGGGGUCAGUAGAGAGAUCUGGCUAGAUGACCAUGGAGGAGACAAUAACCAUCAUCAUGGUCAUGGUCAUCAUGAAGAUGAUGAUUUGAUUGUUCAUCAUGACCCAUCAAUCUUCUACGGAGAUCUACCAACGCUUCCUGAUUUCCCAUGCAUGUCGUCAUCAUCAUCGUCUUCAACAUCUCCGGCUCCUGUCAACGCAAUAGUCUCCUCAGCUUCUUCCUCCUCCGCAGCUUCUUCCUCAACUUCCUCCGCUGCUUCUUGGGCUAUAUUGAGAUCAGACGGUGAAGAUCCGGCUCAUAACCAAAACCAAUACGGAUCAGGAAACUGUGAUGUAGAGUCUUCUGCCGCCGCAUUGCAAUCCACUGCUUCCAUGGAGAUUCCGUUAGAGAACAGUCAAGGCUUCGGUUGCGGCGAAGGUGGUGGUGAUUGCAUUGAUAUGAUGGACACUUUUGGCUACAUGGAUCUACUCGAUAGCAACGAGUUCUUUGAUACAUCAGCCAUCUUUAGCCAAGACGACGACACGCAAAACCCUAACUUGAUGGACCAAACGCUCGAGAGACAAGACCAGAUGGUUAUUCCGAUGAUGGAGAACUAUAACAACAGUGGAGGAGACGACAUGCAAAUGAUGAAUUCGUCUUUGGAACAAGACGAUGAUCUUGCGAGUGUGUUUCUUGAGUGGCUCAAAAACAACAAGGAGACUGUGUCGGCUGAGGAUUUGAGGAAAGUGAAGAUCAAGAAAGCGACGAUUGAGUCGGCUGCGAGAAGGCUAGGCGGUGGUAAAGAAGCGAUGAAACAGCUUUUGAAGCUGAUUCUUGAAUGGGUCCAAACGAAUCAUCUACAAAGAAGACGCACCAACACAAGCAACAAUCUCUCUUAUCAACAGUCAUACCAACAAGACCCUUUUCAAAACCCUAACCCUAAUCACAACAACAGUAUAAUCCCACCGUCUGACCAAACAUGUUUCUCACCUUCCACAUGGGUUCCUCCUCCACAGCCACCACAACAACCGGCUUUUGUCUCGGAUCCAGGUUUUGGAUACAUGCCUGCUCCGAACUAUCCACCACCACCGGAGUAUCUUCCUUUACUUGAAUCUCCACCGUCAUGGCCACCGCCACAGUCUGGUCCCAUGCCACAUCAGCAGUUCGCUAUGCCUCCAAACUCGCCGUAUAGUCCAUUUCAAGACCCUGGAGGUGGUUUUAACGGAUACAACAUGAAUCCUUAUCAAUAUCCUUAUCUUCCUUCCGGACAAAUAAGAGACCAGAGGUUGCUGCGUUUGUGUUCCUCAGCAACUAAAGAGGCAAGAAAGAAAAGGAUGGCGAGACAGAGGAGGUUCUUGUCUCACCACCAUAGACAUACCAACAACAACAAUAAUCCAAACCAGGCUCAACUCGGAGAAACCUGUCCUGUGGUGGCUCCACAACUUAAUCCGGUGGCUGCAACUGCUACCGGCGGGACUUGGAUGUAUUGGCCUAAUGUUCCGGCUGUGCCACCUCCGGGAGCAGCUCAGUUACCGGCGAUGGAGACUCAAUUACCACCCAUGGACCGAGCUGGCUCUGUUUCUGCUAUGCCACGUCAGCAGGUGGUGCCAGAUCGCCGGCAGGGAUGGAAACCAGAAAAGAAUUUGCGGUUUCUAUUGCAGAAAGUCUUGAAGCAAAGCGACGUGGGUAAUCUCGGAAGAAUCGUCUUGCCAAAAAAAGAAGCUGAGACGCACUUGCCGGAGCUAGAGGCAAGAGACGGCAUCUCUCUCGCCAUGGAAGACAUUGGAACCUCUCGUGUUUGGAACAUGCGCUAUAGAUUUUGGCCUAACAACAAAAGCAGGAUGUAUCUCCUCGAGAACACCGGCGAUUUUGUGAAAACAAAUGGGCUCCAAGAAGGUGACUUCAUAGUCAUAUAUUCCGAUGUCAAGUGUGGAAAAUACUUGAUACGAGGGGUUAAAGUAAGACAACCGGCGGGACAAAAGCCGGAGACUCCACCGUCGUCAGCAGCUGCGACGAAGAGACAAAGCAAGUCGCAAAGGAGCAUUCACAACAACUCUCCGUCGGCGAUUGUGCUCGCGACUUCACCAACUUCUCAAACUGUUAAAUGAAAAAAAAUAUAUAUAUAAAUAUAUUAUUAUUAUAUGUAACAAAUAAUAAAGAGGCGAAAAAAAGGAAAAAUGGCAGCGUAUCUAAGUGUGCCACUACUCGUGCAUGCAUGGGAUCUCUUAGACAAAUGGACAGUCAUGAUUAAAGGCAAGUUUUUGGUCGAGGUCCAGGUUUUUACUCCAUUUUUUGCUUUUUCUUUCUCGAGUCCUUUUAACUCUCUUUUUUUUGGGUCUUUUACCGUCUGGAUAUUGUAGAGAUGAUUAAUUCUGGAAAUGGUGGUUUGUGUUAUAUUCAAGGAGAGAUGAUUACAGUUUCUUUGUUGUUGUAAUUUUUUUAUUCUACGUAUUAAGCUCAUUUCUAAUAGUUGAGCUUACAUAUAUGUGAAUGUUUUGUGAGUAUAAAUGUGUUUUAUGGAUACUAAUAAAUAAUAAUAA